UUAUAGUGAGUAGUGACAUGAUCUUAGUUUUCUGAAAAACCAAAGUUCGGAAAAAGAAAAAAGAAAAAAAAAGACGAUGGACAUUGACUUAAAAAUGGUUCUCACUACCACUAUAUAUUUUCUUCUAGCAUUUUACAUUAGUAUCAGAUUUUCAACAUUCGUCCACGGUCCAGAAGAGAGAUAAGCAAAUAUGGUUUCACUUGCAAAGUUUCUUGAAGGAGAACUUUGGCGUAACUGGUAAAGUUGAUGCCAUGUGAUCAGGAAGUCACGGGUUCCGAAGAAAUAGCCUCUUGGAGAAAUGCAGGCUUCAAAUUAGGGUUUUUUUAAGUUUGGGAGAUUAUGAAUUCUCCCAAAAGUGAUCAUAUUUAAGAAGUCAUGGAUAAUAUGGGUAACUAUAUUAUCCGCUGGUUAACCCUAAAACAUUACCAAAUUACGAGGAGAUGAUGAAGAAAUUCUUUGAAGAACACCUGCAUAUUGAUGAGGAGGUCCGUUACUGUCUUGCAGGAAGCGGUUAUUUUGAUGUUCGGGAUAGUAAUGGCGCUUGGAUUCGGAUAUGGGUAAAGAAAGGUGGACUCAUUGUUGUUCCUGCUGGAAUUUAUCAAUGCUUCACACUUGAUUCAAGCAAUUACAUUAAGGCAAUCCGGCUCUUUGCUAGUGACCCAAUUUGGACAGCGUACUAUCGUCCAGAUGCAGAUCAACUGCCUGCAAGGAAACAGUAUGUUGAAACUUUUGGGGUGACCAAAAAGGGCGUUGGUCAUGAUGCAGUUAAUGCUGCUACUGGUGUUGAUAGAAUUGAAGAACUCGAAACCUUUAUAGGCUGUAAUUAAUGUUACCAUGAUCGUUCUGUAGUUCCAAAUAUACAUGCGUUGCUCAGCUUGCUGAAUGUUGAAUUCUAGCAUGUAAAUAAGUCCCCUAUGGGAGAUUGAACUUCAUAAUAUUAAUACUAGUGGAGUCUAUAUUCGUUGAAUUUA